AUGAAUGAAGAAGAGAUUUCCACCUUGCACGCCCCAAAACAGCCUAUAUUAGGUGAAUAUCCUGCACGAAAAUUCGGCAGUGAAACAUUUGUGCGACGAUUUCAGCCUGAAUGGUACAAGAAAUAUCCAUGGAUUAGUUACGAAGUGGAUAAAGAUGCAUGCGUUUGUUUUGCCUGUAAAGAAUUUGGGAAGAAUACUUCAUUUGUGCUUACAAAUUGGAAGAAGUCGUCAAAGCUGGCAAAACAUGGCAAGAGUGAGAACCACGUCAGAUCCAUGACAAGAUGGCUCCAGUUUAAAGCAAUGGAAAGAAAGAAAACCUCCGUACUACAACAGCUGAAUAGUGCACACCAGGACCAGGUUGCUAUUAACAGACAAUACUUAAAAGUAAUCAUACAAUCUUUGAUGUACACUGCACAACAAAAUGUUGCAAUUAGAGGUCAUGAAGAGAUUCGGGGUGAUAUAUGGGAGAUAUCUGAUAUAAAUAGAGGAAACUUUCUCGAGUUACUUUGCAUAAGAUGCAACGAUUUGCCUUGGCUGAAAUCUAAACUUCAAAGCCAGCUGCAGACACAUGCUCAGUGGACAUCCCCUGCUAUUCAAAAUGAACUACUGGAAAUAGUAGCAAGUGUCAUGCUUGAGAGGAUAGCAGAAGAAGCAAGAAGUAGCGACUACUACGGAAUAGUUGUCGAUGAAACGGCAGACAUCAGUCGAACAGAGCAAUUAUCUCUUUUCCUCAGAUAUGUUUUCAAUGGCGAAACCAAAGAGACAUUCACUGGUUUCUAUUCAACCAAAUCUACGGAAGGAGAAGUAUUGUAUGAGCUGUUAAAGACAGCCAUUGGCAGGCUAGAGUUGACAUUGGAAAACAUUGUCGCAGAAUGCUUUGAUGGCGCUGCAAAUAUGAGUGGCCCUCGCAAAGGACUUGCUGCACGCAUGAAGGAGUGCUCACCUCUUAGCAUCUAUGUUCACUGCCAUGGGCAUCGGCUUAACUUGGCGCUACAAGAUACGAUGACUACAAUUGAGCCACUUCAGAAAGCUUUAGGUGUGAUCCAGAGUCUCCAUAAUUUCUUGGAAGGAAGUCCCAAACGCCACUCCAUCUUCAAUGACAUCAAGGUCGAAGAUGAGGACGAAGAUAUUACACUGACUAUUAAAUCGCAGAGUGCUACUAGAUGGUCUUGUCGUUGGGCAGCUGUAAAAGCAGUAGUAAACCAAUUACCUAAGAUCAUCGAGGUUCUCCUUACACUCUCAAAAGAUCGCGAUCCGAAGACCUACAAUGACAGCAAUUCGCUACUUAACUCGAUUUGCGACUUUCGGUUCGUUUUUGGUUUGAUGGUAUUAAAGGUUAUUUUAUCUAACACCGAUGGUUUGAGCAGGUACCUACAAGGAAAGCAAAUGGAUGUCGCCACAGCAAAGAAGAGUGUUGAUGGCGUGAUUAAGACAUUAAUUGGAUGUCGUUCCCUCGAAAAUUUCGAACUGUUAUGGUCACGGGCUGAAAUCAUAGCACACAAAAUUAAGGAGCAAAUUGAAGGUACAGAAUUCAAUUUCAAAGAUGCAAAAGUACCAAGAUUCCAACAGCCGUCACGGCGGCUCCAAGCUCUCGUCGGUGAAAUGGCUGAAGUAAAUGCAGAAGUGGAAAAUCGAACAGAAAAAGAUUACUAUCGUAUCACAUGCUACUACCUAAGCAUUGACAAGAUUGUGGCGGAGAUGAAAUCAAGAUUUGAAGGUAGUGAUCAAGAGGUCCUAUUGGCACUUGCAGAUAUUGUGUUCAACAGGUCUCCAACCACGGCGAAUGUUGAGUUGGUAUCACACUUCUAUGGUAUCGACAGUGAGCUUCUUAGUAGCGAGAAAAAUGUCUUUGAGAAUAUUGACGUUGAUUUCCCUUGUGCUGAGAGAGAAAACGCUGCCAAAAUUGUUAAGAGAAUGUUCGAAAAUGGUGUUCAUGAAGUCCUGCCUGUGGCUUACAAAGUAUUUUCGAUUCUGGCCGCGAUCCCGGCAACAUCCUGCUCAGCAGAAAGAUCUUUUAGCGCUCUUCGUCGCUUAAAACCUAUCUUCGAAGUACAAUUGGUCAAAACGGUUAAACAGCAUUGCCCUAAUCAAUGUGGAAAGAGCCUAUGCAAAUAG